CUUCAUUUCUCAGUCUGUCGACGCUGAAGUUGUAGACGGCUCAUUCGACUCGGCCACUCAGAACAGAUCGGAAGUCUGCUAAGCAGCAUUUUAAGAUAUUUAGCUGAUUUGUCAGGCUCAAGAAAAAAUCAGUGAGCAUGGACGGCUUCUGCAGUAACAACGGUUGCAGCUUCAACAGCGGAUACUCGCAGUACCCCAAGGGAAGCCGCUCUGGGGCGUGCUGCAAUUGCCCCGGGGGCAACUGCCCCCGCAUGGAGGCGGGGAGCAACGAGCGCCGCGGCAUGAGCCAGCUGGGUUGUCCUGGCGGCAACUGUUGCCCCGGCGGACACUGUUCGUCAGGCAGAAGCCGCUUCAAUCAAGACUGGCGGAACGGUGGACGCUAGCACUAAAGAGCUGGCGAUUCCACGCCUGUCGAAUCCAGCACCUUAAAAAUGCGCUCCAAGCUACAAAACAACAAGUUCAUUCCAUAAUCCUUAGUAUUUAAACAACUGUUUAAAAUGGAGGAUGCUUUUGUCGAAUCGAAUCGGAUUGAAUUGUCACCCACAAACUCAUCCAGCUACCCUUUGAACUUGAAAUCCUGCAUAAUAUCUUAAUGUACUGUAGCCCCUGCGCUUAGAAAAAGAAGCAGAUUUAGAAAAAUAAUACCGAUUAAAUUGCGUGUAAAAAGAAAAUAUAACUGAUAUCCUAAAAUCCUAAGUAUUUAGGACAUAAGAGUUAUUUUAUGCAA